GACGACGACGACAGACGGACGGGACGGGACUGGGACGGACGGGCGACGACGCCGGGCGUCAGGUUAGUCGGACCCCCUUUAGUGUGAGAUGAGCAGAGGGUGCCAUCCCCCCCGCACACGGAGCGCGCACAGCCUGUGGUUGCUACUGGCGGCGGCCUUGGCGACGGCGCGCUGGUGCUGCGCCUCCGGCCUGGCCGACAAAGUGAUAUGGGCCAUCAACGCGGGCGGGGAGGCUCACACCGACAUCCACGGCGUCUACUUCAGGAGGGACCCGCUGGAGGGGAAGGUCGGCAGAGCAUCCGACUAUGGAAUGAGGCUGCCCAUCCUUCGAUCAGCACCAGAAGAUCAAAUUCUAUAUCAAACAGAGCGCUACAAUGAAGAAUCGUUUGGAUACGAAGUUCAAAUCAAAGAAGAGGGCGACUAUGUGCUGGUUCUGAAGUUUGCUGAAGUAUAUUUUGCCCAAUCUCAACAGAAGGUCUUCGAUGUGAGACUGAACGGGCAGCACGUAGUAGUGAAAGAUCUGGAUAUUUUUGAGAAAGUGGGGCACAGCACAGCACAUGAUGAACUUGUACCCUUCAUCGUCAGAAAAGGGAAGCUGAGCGUCCAAGGAGAAGUGUCGACGUUUAAUGGGAAACUACUCGUAGAAUUUGUCAAAGGUUACUAUGACAACCCUAAAGUCUGCGCUGUGUGCAUCAUGAAGGGAUUAGUGGAUGAGUUUCCCAAACUUCUGCCUCACCCGGGUCUAGAGAAAAAAGAGGAAGAAGAGGAAGAGGAGGAUUAUGAAGAAGGUAGCGAGAAGAAGCCACCCAGCAAAAAGAAGGUGAAGUCAGGACCUCGCACGCCAGACCCUUACGCUUCCGACAACAGCAGCCUAAUGUUUCCAAUUUUAGUUGCCUUUGGGGUUUUCAUUCCCACCUUGUUUUGUCUCUGUCGAUUAUGAGAGAUACACUUUGUACGUAUAGUGCUUGUGGAUGAGGAGCUAUGUCACAGCAUGGAGGGCGAUCUGUUCAAAACCAGUCUGUUUCUGGUCCCCGUGUUCUCACAAAUGGGGGGGGGGGGAGGGAAGGGGGGGUGGGGGAGAGAUGAGGGUAUAUUAAAAAAAACAGAAAGGAAGAGAAAUGGUUACCGAAGUUUAAAGGCUUAAAUUGCAAUAAGAUUUUUUUGUUAAUAAGAUGCACGUUUCCUUUUUUUUAAAAAAGAACUCCUGCAAUAAUUCUGACGUACAGAAUCAAAUGCCCACGUAGCUGACAGCCCGAAGCCAUCAGCUGAAAGAAAUAUAGGUGGUUUCUGUUGCCUUUUAGCCCAGGUUAAGGGAUGCUUUGAAGAAUUAUUUGAUGAUAAGAGGAGGGAGGGAAAGGGGUAGAGGGAGGAAGACAAACAAAAACAGCCUCGAUGUGAAGUCUACACAAAUGGUAGCUAAUGGUUUACCAUUAACAGUGUUUUAGAAAGCCCACGAGUCCACUGGUAAAACUUGAAUGGAGAAUCUUAAACGAAAAUGGUACUAUAGGCAGAUUAAUGGUGAUUCACCCACAUACUCUCUUACUUUCUAACAUGCCCUUCCUUUGUUGUGCCAUGUCUACGCUUAGGCAUUGAUAUGAAUGAUUUUUUUUAGGGGGAUUAAUGAACAGGCGGUGUAUUGAAACAAAUUGGAUGGAGCUGGUGUGCACUUGGCUGUUUAAACAGCGGAGGGGCUCAAGGUUUUGUGAAGCGGGGUGGGGGGAAGCAAUGUUUGUUUCACAGGAGUCGUCAGGUUUUCACCCAGUGAUACAAUGUUCUAAGGAGGAGGGAGAAAAGGUGCUACAGUGAUUUGUUCCUGUUUACAAGGUCUGCACUGGUUUAAAAACUGCUUUAUUCCUUUUGUUGGUCCAAUGGAUUACAACAGCAAAUGUCCAACUUUCUUAAGUUAAAAAGAAUUCAUAAUUGCCUGUCUGAUAAAAGCUGUAAAGGUUUAUCCGAGCUCAUUCCACCCACUCACCCUGACUUUAAUUAAACCACGGUAGCUUCACUAAGGCAUCUGUAAGUGAUAGAUUGCCGAUGGCUGUGUGACCAGGUGGACACAGAAAGCUCCCAUUGCUUUUGCACAUCUGUACUGGUGGCGUUGCUGCAGUAAAACUCUGGGGUACUUGUGUUACUUGCUCUCGGCUGUAGCUAAAUAUUUGGAUCGAUGAGUGCACUCAAAGCAGUUAGUGUCCAGGUCCACCUGCACGGGCUAAGCAGCACUGAGAAUCAAAGCACUAAUGCUCAAGAGUCACCCAACAGAGCGAAAUUGAGUUUAAUUCCAAACUUAGUUCCCAAUCUGUUCUCUGCUGAGUGAAGGCUGCAGUAGCUUUCUCUUUACGUGGGACUGUUCUGCAAGCUAGUUACAAGAGGGUCGUGCCAGGAGGAGUGGGGGGGGUGGGGAGAAUUGUCCAUCUCUUGGCUACGGAAGAAGUGUCAGGCCAGGUGGACCGGAGAAGAGGAUAAUUUACAAAAUACGGUUUUUUCAAAAAAAAGUUUUCCUUGUUCCUUUUGUUUUGCUUUUCCCACCAAUAUUGCCAUCCACUUUUAGUUGGCUCAGGGCAAUCAUUCGCUCAUCAUUCUAGUUUCAAGCUACGUGCCUCUCGGGAAUUAAUUAAAGUUUGUAACCGACUAGCUGUAAGAACAGGGGAACAUGCUAACCAAAAGAAGACCAAGGUCAAUCCAGUUCACCUUCGACCAUCCUGGCAGUCACUUGACAUGUCAUGUCCCUAACAUGAAAGGGACACCAGCUAUAUCUGCCAAGCUGUAUGCAUUUCACCGCUUCGAGAAGUUUAGGUUACAUUUCAGAUAGACUCAAAAAAAAAAGAGGGAUACUAUUGAUAUUUUACAUUUCAAAUAUUUUUUUAAAAUAGAGUUCUGUGGUACCUUCUAUAAAUAGAAAACAUUUUGGUUUGUGAGCAGUUGCAAAAAGUUCCUUUUAAAGUGUGUAAAAAGCUAAGAACUCCGAAAUAGCAUUCAAUGUCCAUGCAUAGUAUUGGAUGGAACGGUAGAGUGCAGCGUAAGCUGGACCUUGUCAGUUGGAAUAACAAUUAAACUAUGAAAAAUGCCGAAUUUCUUCCUAAAUUAUUGCAAGCAUCUUGCUUAGCUCGCACCUGGGUGGACCUUGUACAUUCACAAAGGGGCUUUGUAUAUUUCCAUUCUAGCUUUUUGGUUGGGAGCCAGGGAAAGGAUGGGUGAGAGAGGUGGGGGGGGGGGGGUGAGGGGCAUGAAAAGAGUUUGGAAUUGUUUUUCCCAAACAGAAAUCCGCUGUUUAAAAUUUUGGAGAUUCUCUGUGGAUUCAGGGGGUUUUGUGGGAGAGGGGAAGGAGGGCUGACUUGAAUCCGAAAAGGUGUAAGGAACUUUGCUUGUGGUGUGUAAUCUUGAUUUUUUUUUGUUUCCUUUUGUAUAAAUUUUCUUUUUAUUUGUA